CAGCACGAAGUUCGGAGGUGUCACCGCUUCUGCAUCUGAUCUCUAUCCUCCCCUCUCGUCGCUCUCCAUCCAUCUCGGGCUCGUCGGACCCCGCCCAUCGAUCCGUUCGGCUCAUGCUGCAUUCGCGCGAAUGCGAACCUGACCACGGGGAAUACAAUCAUUGCCAGUGUUUGUGUCCUGUUGCGUUUUCGUAUUGAUAUUAACCUGGUUUGCAUGUAAGAUAAUAAAAGCCAUGGACUCCACAUACCAGCUUGACAAGCCUCUGCUGGAUGAAGAGAAUUCCUCCCAAGUGAAUACUGUUGAAUAUACAGGUGAUGGAUCUGUUUGCAUCCGUGGGCAUCCUACUUUAAGAAAACAUACAGGGAACUGGAAGGGUUGCUCAUUUGCCAUCGUUUUUUCAUUCUGCUCUUAUCUGGCCCAUGCUUCAAUUGUAAAAAACCUAGUCAGUUAUCUCAUAAAAGUUCUGCAUGAAACAAACAUGGCCGCUGCAAGAGAUGUUGCAAUUUGGCAAGGAACUAGUUAUCUUGCGUCCCUGGUUGGAGCCUUCUUAGCUGAUUCAUAUCUGGGGAAGUACUGCACAAUACUGAUAUUCUGCACGAUCUUCAUUAUCGGAAUGAUGAUGUUGCUUCUGUCAGCAGCAAUUCCAUUAAUCUCUACUGGUCCUUACUCAUGGAUUAUUUGGACAGAUCCAGUCUCUUCUCAGCACAUCAUAUUCUUUGUUGGUUUGUACAUAGUAGCUUUAGGGUAUGGUGCACAGUGCCCCUGCAUUUCAUCAUUUGGAGCUGAUCAAUUUGAUGACACUGAUGAAGACGAGAGAACCAAAAAGAGCUCUUUUUUCAAUUGGAGCUAUUUCGUAGUAAACGCGGGUUCACUGAUCUCGGGGACUGUUCUUGUGUGGGUGCAAGAUCACAAAGGUUGGAUAUGGGGUUAUACCAUUUCUGCGCUGUUUUUGUCUUUAGGUUUUGGUACUUUUAUCUUUGGCUCCUCUGUGUAUAGAUUUCAGAAACCUGGAGGAAGCCCUCUUGCAAGAAUAUCCCAGGUUGUUAUUGCGGCUAUUCGCAAACGCGAUAUAGAUUUGCCAUGUGAUUCCUCAGCUCUUUAUGAGUUUCUGGGGCAAAGGUCAGCAAUCAAAGGCAGCCGAAAACUGGAGCAUACAACUGGACUUGAGUUCUUUGAUAGAGCUGCAAUAGUGACACCGGCUGAUUGUGAACCUGAUGCCCUACAAAACACAUGGAAGAUUUGCACCGUCACUCAAGUGGAGGAACUGAAGAUUCUGGUCAGGAUGUUCCCCAUCUGGGCUACGAUGGUACUGUUUGCCACAGCUCUGGACCAGAUGUUCGCGACAUUUGUAGAGCAGGGGAUGGUAAUGGAGAAACACGUCGGCUCUUUCGAAAUACCUGCGGCGUCCUUCCAAUCCAUAGAUGUCAUCGCCGUCCUUGCACUGGUCCCAGUAUACGAGAGAGUCCUUGUCCGAGUGUUCAGAAAGUUCACCGGCAGGGCGAACGGCAUCACUCCGCUGCAGCGGAUGGGGAUCGGCCUGUUCUUCUCCACGCUCUCGAUGGUCUCGGCAGCACUGGUGGAGAGCAACCGGCUGCGGGUUGCGCAGGACGAAGGCCUGGUGCACCGCGAGAUGGCCGUUCCGAUGAGCAUCCUGUGGCAGGGACCCCAGUACUUCCUGAUAGGCGCGGGAGAGGUGUUCUCGAUCAUCGGGCUAACUGAAUUCUUCUACGAGGAAUCGCCGGACGCCAUGAGAAGCCUGUGCCUUGCGUUCUCGCUCGCUAACGUUUCGGCUGGGAACUACCUCAACUCGUUCAUCAUUUCGCUCGUGCCGGUGUUCACGGCUGGGGAAGGCAGUCCGGGGUGGAUACCUGAUAACUUGAACGAAGGCCAUUUGGACCGGUUCUACUGGAUGAUGGCUGGCUUGUGCUUCCUGAAUAUGCUGGCCUUUGUGUUCUGUGCCACGAGGUACAAAUGUAAAAAUGCUUCCUGAACAUUGUUAAACAUGGGUGAUAUAAUAAUUGCGACGGAGCAAAAUGAUUGUGCUGCAAAGCACGCACCUGUUUUCAUAUAAAAAAGGGUAAUUGUGCUGCAAAGCAUGCACCUGUGUUUUCAUAUAAAAAGGAUAAGUGUGCUGCAAAACAUGCACUGACUUUUAUGGUGAAUUGUUUGCUCAAAUCUGAUUAUGCAUAGCUGGCAAAUCUGACUUAUUCUGAUU